UAACACGUUGUUUAGGAGCUGAGAGCUUAGUUUGUAUUUAACUAAUAAUUAAGAGACGUGUUGUCAGCGAGAAACUAAACGAUUACAACUAACCUCAUCAAAUGAAGUAAAGACAGGCCAGCCAGGCGUGGUGGUGGAGUUGCUCUCUAUGUGAGAGAGCAGCUACAGUGUACUAAAUUCUGCCCAGGAGCGGAUGAGGAGCGAGUUGAGAGUGUAUGGGUCAGGAUCAAGGGGCAGGCUGGCAGGGGUGACACUGCUGUGGGCGUCUGUUGCAGGCCACCAGAUCAGGCUGAGGAAGCUGAUGAGGCCUUCUAUGGGCAGCUGAGAGCGGCCUCACGGUCACAGGCCCUGGUUGUUGUGGGGGAUUUUAAGUUCCCUGGUGUUUGCUGGAAGGACCGUUCAGCCAGCCAGCCACAGUCCAGGAGGUUCCUGCCGUGCAUCGGUGAGAACCGCCUCAUGCAGGUGGUGGAGGAGCCGACUGGGAGAGGUGCACUGCUGGAUCUCAUCCUCGCUAGCAAGGAGGGUCUGGUCGAAGCAGGAAAGGUUGAGGGCUGCCUGGGCUGCAGUGACCACGAGAAGGUGGAGUUCAGCAUCUUGUGUGGCAGGAACAGAACAGCAAGUAGAAUUGCAACCCUGGACUUUAGCAGGGCCAACUUUGGCCUUUUCAAGCAAUUGCUGGGGGAAAUCCCACGGGCAAGACUGCUUGAAGGAAAAGGGGCCCGAGAUAGCUGGGUUGCAUUCAGAGAUUGCUUCUUCCACGCUCAGGAUCAGAGCAUCCCCACAUGAAGGGAGUCGAGGAAGGGAGCCAGGAGGCCUGCGUGGUUGAACAGGGACCUGUUGGGUAUGCUCAAGCAGAAGAGGAGAGUUUGCAGGUCAUGGAGGCAGGGGCUGGCCACUUGGGAGGAAUAUAAGGCUGCUGUUAGAGGAUGCAGGAAGGCAGCUAGGAUAGCCAAGGCCCCCUAGAAUUACAGCUGGCGAGAGGGGUCAAGGACAGCAAAAAGAACUUUUUCAAAUACAUAGCAGAUAAAACUAACACCAGAGGCAAUGUAGGCCCACUGAUGAACGGGGUGGGUGCCCUGGUGGCAGAAGAUACAGAGGAGGCAGAAUUCCUGAAUGCCUUCUUUGUCUCUGUCUACUCUGCCGGAGGCCGUCCUGGGGAGCCCUGUACCCCUGAGACCCCGGAUGAAGCCAGGUCAGUGGAGGAGUUUGCUUUAGUCGAUGAGGACUGGGUUAGGGAGCAAUUAAAUAGUCUGGACAUCCAUAAAUCCACGGGUCCGGAUGGGAUGCACCCGCGGGUGCUGAGGGAGCCGGCUGAAGUCACUGCUGGACCGCUCUCCGUCAUCUUUGCCAAGUCUUGGGAAACGGGGGAGGUGCCCGAGGACUGGAGGAAAGCAAAUGUCACUGCAGUCUUCAAAAAGGGCAAGAAGGAGGACCCGGGUAAUUACAGACCGGUCAGCCUCAGCUCUGUCCCUGGGAAAGUAAUGGAACAGCUUCGUCUGGACAACAGAGCAGUGAGGUGGGUUGCAAACUGGCUUAAGGAGAGAAGCCAGAGAGCGGUAGUCAAUGGUGCGGAGUCCAGCUGGAGGCCAGUAUCCAGUGCAGUGCCUCAGGGGGCAGCGCUGGGGCCAAUGUUGUUCAAUAUAUUCAUUAACGAUUUGGACGAGGGAAUAGAGUGCACUAUCGGCAAGUUUGCUGAUGACACCAAGCUGGGAGGGGUGGCUGACACGCCAGAAGGCUGUGCUGCCAUCAGAGACCUGGACAGGCUGGAGAGUUGGGCGGGGAAUAACCUGAUGAAAUUUGACAAGGGCAAGUGUAGAGUCCUGCACCUGGGCAGGAACAACCCCAGGUUCCAGUAUAGGUUGGGAAAUUACGUAUUAGAGAGCAGUGUAGGGGAAAGGGACCUGGGGGUUCUGGUGGACAACAGGAUGACCAUGAGCCAGCCCUGUGCCCUUGUGGCCAGGAAGGCCAAUGGCAUCCUGGGGUGUAUUAGAAGGGGGGUGGUUAGUAGGUGGAGAGAGGUUCUCCUUCCCCUCUGCUCCGCCCUGGUGAGACCGCAUCUGGAAUAUUGUGUCCAGUUCUGGGCCCCUCAGUUCCAGCAGGACAGGGAACUGCUGGAGAGGGUCCAGCGUAGGGCAACGAAGAUGAUUAAGGGAGUGGAGCAUCUCCCGUGUGAGGAAAGGCUGAGGGAGCUGGGUCUCUUUAGUUUGGAGAAGAGGAGACUAAGGGGGGACCUUAUCAAUGUUUAUAAAUAUAUAAAGGGUGAGUGCCAUGAGGAUGGAGCCAGGCUCUUCUCGGUGGCAAACAACGAUAGGACAAGGGGUAAUGGGAUCAAGCUGGAACACAAGAGGUUCCGCUUAAAUUUGAGAAGAAACUUCUUCUCAGUGAGGGUGGCAGAGCCUGGCCCAGGCUGCCCAGGGAGGUUGCGGAGCCUCCUUCUCUGGAGACAUUCAAAACCCGCCUGGACGUGCUCCUGUGCGACCUCACCUGGGCGUUCCUGCUCCAUGGGGGGAUUGGACUGGAUGAUCUUUUGAGGUCCCUUCCCGUCCCAAACAUACUGUGAUGCUGUGAAGAAUGCGGCUUAGCAGCGCUGCUGACUCUGCCGUCCCGUUCCCUUCCCCGUUUCAGCCGGCGAGGCGGCCGGAGGACCCGCUCUGUGCGGCCGCGGGGCCCGCGGAGUCGAGGGCUCUGUCGGCGCGCCCCGGGGGUUUCUCUGGAGAGACUCCUCGUCUCGGUCGCGUCGCGGCGGGGACGGACGAGGACCUCUGGCGAGGGGUCUUUCUGCGCUGGGAGCCGGGACCGGGCACGCGCUCGCGGGGCGUCCGUAAGUCGCGGUACGGAAUUUAGGCAGGAUAGCGCGCACGGGCUUGCGAGCGCCUUACAGGCGUGCGGUGGUUGCUCGUGCGGCCAGCUUUUGGUGUCGGUUGUUCCGGCGCUCCGUCGCGGUGUAGAGCCGGCCCCGUACGUAGCGGUGAGGCGUACCGCAGUUCGGUUUGAUUCUCGGAUAGGCCUCGGCUCUGACUGUGCACUCGAACGCCAAAACCUACAGCGGAAGCUGCGGUGGCUUUAGCGUGCAAGGGGCGCGAGCGCCGUGAAGCCGCCCGUGUGGCCGAGCGUCCCGAUCGCGGCGCUGAGCGUUAGACGGACUUGAGCCGCGUGCCGGAAUUGUUUUGUUUUGGAAAGGGCGGGAUAAACUUGGAGCACAACUUGUGAGGGCGGUACGUCGUGGGCAGGUUUUAGUAUUGCCUGUGGAGUGCCGCUAGAAGCGUUCGUAGUUCUUGCUUGUCUCUGUUACAAGAUGAGCCGUGUCGUCCUGCGUGACGCGUAACGGGAGGACGGCGCGGUAGCGGUGCUCUGCACAAGAGCCCGUUGGGGGGUAUUUUAGCUCGCGGGAAAGGGAUUGGGAACCACCUGGUGGGAAUGCGAGGAGAGCAGCCCUGGCGAAACCUGAGGAGCCGAGGCCGUUGUAUAAAUUGGACAAGGAAGGAAAGGCUGCGGGCAAAGCGCGGUGCUGCACCCGGCCGCCCCAACGCGGAACUCUAAUGUGGAAUUCCUGUGUUUCAGAGGGGGAGCUGUGACCGCCCCGUGCUCAGCAGACCCCCCAGCCCGGGUGGGGGGAGCAGCGCCGGAGCGGGAGACGCGGCUCCGUCCUCCGUCCCCAGCGUGCCGGGGGGCGGCUGCCGGCCUGUGGGACGUGGCUGCGGCUGUUCGGGGCGCUGCCCCCCCAUGUUUGGGCGCUCUGGUAUGUACAUAGGUAAAUGGCGUUUUAAAGUAAUGUGCUGCCCGCUGGGGCUGUUUUCCUUUUCUACCUUUUUUUUUUUGAGUGAAUAAAUGGGGGGACUCGGGGGGUGACGAUGACGUUACUGGAGGAGCAGGCCGGUGAGAGAUGGGGGCUUUCAGCCCCAAAAUGCCUGAACAAUCAUGGGUGGGGUGUUUAGUGGUACUGUGGGGAGGAGAAAUUUCUCCCUGUCCGUUGCAGAGAAAACAGAACAAUCCCACAUCAAAGCUGUCCUAGAGAAGUACUUGCUGUUUGUCAUUCCGGUUCUAGAGCAGCCCGAUGUGCUGUUAAAGGUUGUGGUGGUGCGGGUCAGGGAUCCCCAGGCUGUGCCGAGACCGCAGGACGGCUGCUGGUGGAACAAAGUCAAGGACAACUUCUCAGACCUAUCCUGGUGUUUUCCAUCCUUCAGGACUUACUUAUUACUGUUGUGAGAGUCCGAGAGAAAAGGAGGAGUGUCUGUGACUUACAACCGUCGUUGUUGAUCUACAGUGUUUUAGAGACGGAUUCUUGCAGGAUCUAUUUCUGGUUCGUCCUUCACUCCUCCCCAGACCGCAGCGCUGGUCCGAGUUCCCCAGCACACGUGUGUGUGUCCAGCCGGGUACGCUGGGGGAGCGCGUCAGGGCGGGCAGACGGCUGAAUGGACGCGCUGUCAGCGACUGCGGAACGAGCUGGGGCUGCUUUGACCGUGUCCAGCCGUGUGCGUGUGGUUUGUUUUCACUUGCAGGCUGAAACAGCAGUUUCCUUAAUUAAAAACACCCCAACAUGUCCCCCGGCCCCCAACAAAAAUAACGGCAAAAAUGCCACUGAAAGAAACACAGGGAGUUUUUAAAAAAUUUCCUUUAGCUUUCUCCCCCCUCCACCCCUACCCUGCUGCGUUCAGUGCAGUGAAUGACCGUGAGGAGAUGGCUGUGGAUCUGGCUGUUGAAGGGUGUGUGAAGGAGAAGGAGGUGUGUGUAGAGCAGGAUUGGUGGUGGAGGUGAGUGCAGCUGGUUUGGGUGUGGGGCUGUAAAUUCCUUUUGGAGGCUUCCUAGUUUCUGGUGUCACCUGCGGGGUGAAGUGUGACUCUGUGCAGGUUUGAAAGGUGCAACGUGCAGAGCUCCCUCAUUUGCCACCAGAUCUCCCAAUCACAGAGACAGCGUCGCUGUGCAGCUGCUAAGGACAGCGCGUCUCGUGCAGAACAGCAUCCUUUGUGCUCCGUGUGCGUGUUCCUCCUUUGAAAUGAAGUUGGGCCGCCCGGUGUUCCACGUUACGUGUGGUACCUGCUGGGCUGAGUCUCCUCCCCGCGCUCCGGUCGGUUCCGUCGCGCUGCCGCAGCCCCGGCAGCACCGCGGCGUUCGCUGGACGCGUUGUUGGCGGAGCCGGCACCGACAAUCUUGACACGUCGAGGCGCUGCGGUGGGUUUGCCUGGAAAUUCCAAGGUAAUUCCAAGGCAGACAGUAAUAAUCCCCAAUUUAUGUAGUAAAAUUUAAAACAGUGGAAUAUAAAUACUGGAGCGCUAAUUGGAAGUAAUACCUGUAGAGAAAAAAACCUCUAGUUUAUAUCUACAAUAAAAAAUAAUGUGUGCUAGUUAAUCCGCCUGGUAGUAAUGUAAUGAUAAAAAUGUUAAAGUGUAAAUAGAUGAAAUUAUAUAGGCAUGAGCAAGAAGUAAAUUUAAUUUCAGCUAUUACUUGGUGAACUAGGCAGCAGUUGUUCCCAAUCUGAAUGCUAGUUUAAAAAACACAUUGUUUGGAAUUCCUUUUAAAUGAUAAAGGCAGAAAACUAAUGUGGAGUCAUUGGUAGCUUCAUUUGAACAACCGUUAUGAAAUAAACCGCAGACACGAAUGACUGCAUAGGAAACAAAGUGAGGAAGCUUUAGAUUUUAAACAGCAUUGGAAAGUGAUCGGGAGUGUUUAGUAUUUAAAUUAUAACAGAGCCAUGAGAUGGGAGGCAACAAAGCUCAGAACCAAACAGAGUCAAAACGUUACAUUUCUUUUUUUAAAGAGAAGUAUAAUGGAACCACGAAGUAGUGGCUGUUUAUAAACAGAGGUAUUAAAAAGUUCCCAGGCAGUAAUGAUUCCCAACAGAACACUAAAAGAUAUUUAGAUGUAAAAUAAUAUUAGAAAACAGUUAUGACAGUCUGAAUUUAACCACAGCUUUUUUGGGGUUGUGCAAAAACAUGACCGCUAUUAAUUACCUCUGAGUUAAAAUAAAAAGACAUCAAACUAGCUGUGAUUAACAACAGCUAAUUUUAAUUUUUCAGUGUGCUAUCCAGUCCGGCUUCUCCCUCCAAGGGCGUGGUCUGAGAAAGCCACACCCCCAACUCCACCCCGUCCAAGCUCCGCCCCUGCCAGUCUGUGCCCUCCCCGAGGCGCGUGUCCCUUACAGACCCCUCCCAGCAGCAUAAUGCAUCGAAGCCCCGCCCGCGGCUCCACCCCUAAACUCAGCCCCUGCUAAACCACGCCCCCUCAGAGCACGUGCUGUACAGAGCCCACCCUACUCUCGGCUCCACCCCUCCCUUCCUAAGCUACGCCCUCUUUGGGCGUGUCCUUCUCCGUGCCCCAAGCGGCUCCUCCUAUGGGGGUGUGACACACGGAGGCCCCACCCCCUGCCCAGUUCCCCCAGGUGGGCCUCCCAAUGGGCGUGUCCUCCCAGUCCACGCCCCUCAGCACGGAUCCCACCCCCGUGGGUGGGGCUACACCCAGCUGCGCGGGCGGCCCCCCCACCCAUGCGUGACCCUCAGUAACCCCAUGGCAGCCCUAUGGCUGCCCCACAGGUACCGCUACAGCAGCCCUGCUCCUGCCCCGCAAGAGCUCCAGACACGCCUCUGCAGAGCCCCCACAGCAGCCACUUAAGUGCCCCACAGCUAUCACCGCAGCCGCCCCAUCGCGCCCCACGGCCGCCGCUGCGGGACCCCUGGAGCCCCCGGCCCCACACCCGCCCCGCAGCCCCACAGCGCGCGGUCUCGCGGCCGCGGUGCCGGUGAAGCCACGUGCCGGCCGCGGCCGGAGGAGCCGCCGGUUUUCCCCCCCGCACCCCCCGAUCGCUGCUGCCGCGGCCGGAGGAGCCGCCGGUUUCCCCCCCCACAUCCCCCGAUCGCUGCUGCCGCGGCCGGAGGAGCCGCCGGUUUCCCGCCCACACAUCCCCCGAUCGCUGCUGCCGCGGCCGGAGGAGCCGCCGGUUUCCCCCCCUCACACCCCCCGAUCGCUGCUGCUGCCGCGGCCGGAGGAGCCGCCGGUUUUCCGCCCAGCCCCGACUCUCCUCCUUCCUCCUCAAUCGCCGCUGCCUGCCGCCACGAUGUCUUCUCUUCCGCCAUCUUGUUUCCCCCUUCUGCGCUCAUUCGCUAUUUUAUACCGAGGGAGGGAGGAGGCGCUCGCUGAUUGGCUGACAGUGUCAGCCUCGGAAGUCGUCCAUUGGCUCAUCCCCACGAGGGGUUCUCCGAGGGGGUGGGAGAAAGGCGCUGAUUGGUCACCGUGUCGCUGAGGGGAGGAAGGCACUGAUUGGUCACUUUCCGCCGAAGUUCGCCCUCCCAGUAACAGGCGCUGAUUCGCUAGCGCCCCUGAGGUAGAAAAGGCGCUGAUUGGUCGGCGUUUUCUCGCCGACGUUAGCCCACAGCAACGAAGCGCUGAUUGGGCAGCGCGGCUGACGGGGCGGCUCGGCCAUUGGCAGGAGGGCGGGCGGGGGGCGGGACCGGGCGGGACAACGAGGUAAUAAAUGGGGCGGCGCAGAACGCGCGCAGGACCAGAAAGGCGGAGGCGGCAGCGGCAGCGCGAGCUCAUCGGCCCCCCCCCCCCCCCCCCGCCCCCCCGCGGCGGGAAACCGGAGAACGGCAGGAACGGCGGCCGGAGUCAGUUAACGGGGUGGGUAAGGGCGGUAAUUAUCGUGCGGGUGUUAAUUGGGGCUCGGCGGGUUAAUGAGUGACCGGCGGGCUGGGGUGUAUCUGGGGGUUUUGAUCGGAACUGGGGUUUUAAAGCCGCGGGUUUGGGGGGGGGGCGGGGCGGGGGCGAUUAAGGCUCCCGGAGCCGCUUUAGCGGCUUAAAUCUUUGUGUUGAACGCGGGAGGAGCCGGUUCGGGGCUUUUCUCAGCAAUCGGGGCUGGUUUGGGUCCAAUUCGGCUUUUAAAAGAUGUUUUUACGUAAUUUUUGGGUGCCGAUUUGUGCCAGAAGGCGCCUUUGAAAUCUGUUUAUUGAGGGUUUAUCAGGAGAAUUAAAGUUUAAAGCUCGGGGAGAUUUGGGGCUUUUCCCCGGGAUUUUGAGUCCAAAUCGGUUUUUUUAGAGCCCUUAUUUAUUUAAAUUGUUAUGUUUAAAGGGUUUAUUUGAGGUUUUAUUUGGAACAUUUUGGGCGGGUUUGAGGCUCCUAAGGUUUAAUUGUUGGUUUAUUAUUUGAUUUAUUAUUUCACUGCGGUUCGGGGCUCCUGAAGACGCUGAGUUGUUUCAAUUAUUUAGCGCUGUGAGGACCCGUUUUGGGGCCGUUGGGGUCUAAAUCGGCUUUUUGAAAGGUUUAUUUAACGCGUUUAAAGUUUGAGGGGCCGAUUUGCGACUUUAAAGCUUUUUGAAUCUACUUAUUGAUAAGAAUUUAUACAAUAGAUUAAUAUUUAAAGCCCGGGGGGAGAUUUGGGGCUGUUUCCCAGGAUUGCGAGUCCAAAUGCGUUUUUUUCUGUUAACCGCUUAUUAAUUUAAAUUAUUAUAUUUAAACGGGGCUUUUUGAGGUUUUAUGAGGGUUUUUUUGAGCAUUUUGGGCGGUUCUGAGGCUCCUAAAGCCGCUUAAUUGUUUAAAUUAUUAAUUGUUAAAAUAAUGUAAGUAGUUGUUGAAAUAAGUGUGUAAGUUAUUGUAUUUAAAGCCGGGAGGGGCAUUUCGUUGCUUUUUGGGGGGUUUUAGGGCUGAAUUCACUUCAUUGAACGUGUCUAGAGCUGGGGGUCCCAGAUCUGGUGCUAAUUUGGCCCCAAAAAAAGCUUUAAAAAUCUAUUUAUUUAUAUAAUUUACUGAAUUAAUAUUUAAGCGGGAACAUGUUCGGCUUUUUUAACCCGCCGCCAUUUUGUCUCCCCCGUCCCGCUCUCCCUCACGCUGAGGGGGCCGAGGAGACGCUCGCUGAUUGGCCGGUGCCGUCUGGCGGGAAAGCCUCCCCCGGCUCAGCCCCGCUCGGCUGUCUCCGAGGGAGAGAAAGGCGCUGAUUGGUCGCUGCCUCUGAGGAGAGAAAGGCGCUGAUUGGUCGCCGCCUCCCUAAACCCACCUCCUGCGCAGAGAACAGCGAAGGCAGCCUGGCCACGCCCCCUCCGGCUGAUCGCGCCCCCCGCUCCGGCUGACCGCGCGUGCCCCCCCCCCGCAACUCGGCUGACCGCGUGCCCCCCCCAACUCCGGCUGACUGUGCCCCCCCGCCCCCCGGCUGAUCCCGUGCCCCCCCCACUGCACUCCUGCUGACUGUGCCCCCCCCACCUCCUCCGGCUGGCCACAUCUCCACUGCACACCAUGGCGGGGAUGGGGCGGGGGGGGGAUCACAAGGGUCUAUGGGGCGGUGUGGGGGUCAGGGCGGCUGUGGGGUCAAUGGGGUUGUUGUGGGGUGAAACACCCCUGAAGAGGCUGAACCCCCUACAGGUGAGUGACCCACACAGUGCCCCACAGUGCCCCAUAGCACCUCCAUUCUGCCCUACGGAUCCACAACACUGCCCCACAGCACCCUAUAGCUCCUGCUUGCUAUCCCACAGCACCCCAUGGCUUCUCCACUCUGCCCCAUAUGUCUACAGCAGUGCCACAGAGUACCUCAUAUGUCUUCCACUCUGCCCCAUGGGUGCAGAGUGCUGCCCUACAGCACCCUAUAGCUCCUGUACUCUGCCCCACAGAUCCACAGUGCUGUCCCACAGCACCCUAUAGCUCAUGUGGCCUAUAGACCCACUGUACUGCCCUACAAUGCCCCAUGGCUCCUACACUCUGCCCCAUAGACCCACAACACUGCCUCACAACACCCCAUUGCUCCUGCACUCUGCCCCAUGGAUGCCCAGUACUGCCCCACAGCACCAUAUAGGUCCUGUACUCUGCCCCAUACAUCCACAGGAGUGCCCCCCAGCACCCCAUGGCUCCUGCAUUCUGACCCAUGGAUGCCCAGUACUGCCCCACAGCACCAUAUAGGUCCUGUACUCUGCCCCAUACAUCCACAGGAGUGCCCCCCAGCACCCUAUGGCUCCUGCAUUCUGACCCAUGGAUGCCCAGUACUGCCCAACAGCACCAUAUAGGUCCUGUACUCUGCCCCAUACAUCCACAGGAGUGCCCCCCAGCACCCUAUGGCUCCUGCAUUCUGACCCAUGGAUGCCCAGUACUGCCCAACAGCACCAUAUAGGUCCUGUACUCUGCCCCAUACAUCCACAGGAGUGCCCCCCAGCACCCUAUGGCUCCUGCAUUCUGACCCAUGGUGGAUGCCCAGUACUGCCCCACAGCACCAUAUAGGUCCUGUACUCUGCCCCAUACAUCCACAGGAGUGCCCCCCAGCACCCCAUGGCUCCUGCACUCUGCCCCAUGGAUGCCCAGUACUGCCCCACAGCACCGUAUAGCUCCUCUACUCUGCCCCAUACAUCCACAGGAGUGCCCCCCAGCACCCCAUAGUGACUCUACUCUUCCCCAUAGACCCACAGUGCUGCCGCACAGGACUCUACUCUGCCCCUUAGACCCAGAGAGCUGCCCCACAGCAGCCUGUAGGUGCUGCAUUCUGCCCCAUUGGUGCAAAGUGCUGCCCCACAGCGCCCCACACCUCUGUCCACCUGACCACCCUUCCCUCCUGACUGCGCCUGCACUGCCCACUAUGGGUGGGUCACAAGGGUCUAUGGGGCGGUGUGGGGGUCAGGGGGGCUGUGGGGUCAAUGGGGUUGUUGUGGGGUGAAACACCCCUGAAGAGGCUGAACCCCCUACAGGUGAGUGACCCACACAGUGCCCCACAGUGCCCCAUAGCACCUCCAUUCUGCCCUACGGAUCCACAACACUGCCCCACAGCACCCUAUAGCUCCUGCUUGCUAUCCCACAGCACCCCAUGGCUUCUCCACUCUGCCCCAUAUGUCUACAGCAGUGCCACAGAGUACCUCAUAUGUCUUCCACUCUGCCCCGUGGGUGCAGAGUGCUGCCCUACAGCACCCUAUAGCUCCUGUACUCUGCCCCACAGAUCCACAGUGCUGUCCCAUAGCACACUAUAGCUCAUCUGGCCUAUAGACCCACUGUACUGCCCUACAAUGCCCCAUGGCUCCUACACUCUGCCCCAUAGACCCACAACACUGCCUCACAACACCCCAUUGCUCCUGCACUCUGCCCCAUGGAUGCCCAGUACUGCCCCACAGCACCAUAUAGGUCCUGUACUCUGCCCCAUAUAUCCACAGGAGUGCCCUGCAGCACCCCAUGGCUCCUGCACUCUGCCCCAUGGAUGCCCAGUACUGCCCAACAGCACCAUAUAGGUCCUGUACUCUGCCCCAUACAUCCACAGGAGUGCCCCCCAGCACCCUAUGGCUCCUGCAUUCUGACCCAUGGAUGCCCAGUACUGCCCCACAGCACCAUAUAGGUCCUGUACUCUGCCCCAUACAUCCACAGGAGUGCCCCCCAGCACCCCAUGGCUCCUGCACUCUGCCCCAUGGAUGCCCAGUACUGCCCCACAGCACCGUAUAGCUCCUCUACUCUGCCCCAUACAUCCACAGGAGUGCCCCCCAGCACCCCAUAGUGACUCUACUCUUCCCCAUAGACCCACAGUGCUGCCGCACAGGACUCUACUCUGCCCCUUAGACCCAGAGAGCUGCCCCACAGCAGCCUGUAGGUGCUGCGUUCUGCCCCAUUGGUGCAAAGUGCUGCCCCACAGCGCCCCACACCUCUGUCCACCUGACCACCCUUCCCUCCUGACUGCGCCUGCACUGCCCACUAUGGGUGGGUCACAAGGGUCUAUGGGGCGGUGUGGGGGUCAGGGGGGCUGUGGGGUCAAUGGGGUUGUUGUGGUGUGAAACACCCCUGAAGAGGCUGAACCCCCUACAGGUGAGUGACCCACACAGAGACCCACAGCAGCCCAUAGCCCCUCUGCCCUAUAGAGUCACUGCACCCCAUAGCUGCUUUUACUCUGCCCCAUAAAUGGACAGCAGUGCUCCACAGCACCCUAAGUCUCCACUGUGCCCCAUAGACACACAGUGCUGUCCCACAGCACCCCAUAUCUUGUUCACUCUGCCCUCUAGACCCACAGUGUAACCCUACAGCACCCCAUAGUUCCUCUGCCCUAUAGAUCAACAGCACUGUCCCAGAAAACACCAUAGCUUCUUCCCACUAGCCCAUAGGCCAGCAAUUCUGCCCUACAGCGCACUAGCUCCUGCACCCUAUCCCAUAGACCCACAGCAGUGCUCCACAGAUCCAGUCUGCCCUAUACAGCCACAGCACUGCUCUGCAGCACCAUAUACUUCCAGCACUCUGGCCCAUUGAUAUGUAGCACCCCACAGCUGCUGCAUUCUGCCCAUAGAUCGAGAUUCCUGGGUCCCCUCACCCCACCAGCUGUCCUGGGUUGCGAUGCUGCACGGGGCCCUGUGCACAACAAAAUGAGGACAGCAUGGCUGCUGGGCGCCACCCUGCUUGGAAUCCGAGAUGGCUGGGGGGGGAGGGCUGGCAGCCAUGCUGGCACUGCCGGAGGGGCUGUUGGUCUGCGCCGUGCUCAGGCGGCAGCUCCCGGCUGUAUCGGCUGCUCCUGUGGCCCUGCACCCUGCCCAUGGGAACAAGGUGGCUGCCCUGAUGGGCGUGGCCAUCUCGGCUGCUGUGUCCCUGCUGGUGGGCGGGGCCAUGGCUGUCAUGGCUGCCAAGCCUGUGCUGGAAGGGUGGGGCUGAGGUGGGUGGGGCCUGCCUAGGGUGGCCAUUCUGGGGUGGGGCCCAAGGUGGGUGGUGGGGCCUGUGACUCUGUUUGCCCCUGACGGCCAUCUUGGAAAAGGGCAGCACUGUGCCGCUGCCAUCCUGACGUUGCUCCCCCAGGGCCAUGUUGGGGGAUUUUUAACCUGGUUUUGGGGCCAAUUCUCACCCAAUAAAAUUAAAUAAUGUAAAAAAA